AUGAGCCAGCAUCUAGUAUUAGCACCCGGUAUGUGCCAUCACAUUAACAUUACUGAGCCCUCGCAUGUGAUCGAAACAAAAGGUUUAGUGAAUAAACCAUUGAUUGGAAGCGUUGGAAGCGAUAACUCGAAGAAUAAAAGCGUGAGAAGAGUGUCGAGUCUACGACUGGCCAACGGAAGAGUGAGCUAUACGUCAGUGAAAGCCAAUGAAGACGAAAGCAAAUCGACGCCAACUAAAAAGAGAGACGAUAUACGAGACAUUAAAAUUAAUAUUUGUCAGCAAAAGUCAUUAGACUUAACGCAAACCGAUCCUCUCGUGAAGGGAGAGAGUGAACAGAAUUUAGACUCGGAGUCGGAGUACGUGAAUGACUACAUCACACCCGAAAUGAACUACAAAGACGGCACGGCCUGCAAAUCGCCGCCAGUGGUCACCAUUAAGGACAUGACAGGAGUGACAUGGAGUGGCGAAAAGGACGACAUCAGUCUAUACGGAACGCCUAAAGAGGAAAUGCUUCCCGGAUUGGCUGAGGCCAAAGGAGAGAGUCUACAGAAUUUAGACUCGGAGUCGGAGUACGUGAAUGACUACAUCACUCCCGAAAUGAACUACAAAGACGGCACGGCCUGCAAAUCGCCGCCAGUGGUCACCAUUAAGGACAUGACAGGAGUGACAUGGAGUGGCGAAAAGGACGACAUCAGUCUAUACGGAACGCCUAAAGAGGAAAUGCUUCCCGGAUUGGCUGAGGCCAAAGGAGAGAGUCUACAGAAUUUAGACUCGGAGUCGGAGUACGUGAAUGACUACAUCACUCCCGAAAUGAACUACAAAGACGGCACGGCCUGCAAAUCGCCGCCAGUGGUCACCAUUAAGGACAUGACAGGAGUGACAUGGAGUGGCGAAAAGGACGACAUCAGUCUAUACGGAACGCCUAAAGAGGAAAUGCUUCCCGGAUUGGCUGAGGCCAAAGUGCCCUCUUUCAUGAGGAGUCAAAUUGAAGCUCUCUUUCAGCCCUCG